AUGAGGAACUGUAACAGGCUAGAGAAGGCCUAUAGAGCUACAGCAACAGGAGAUAUGAUCAUUGGAGGGGUGUUUCCCAUCCAUGAGGCAGUAGAGGAAUCCCACAACCUCUCAGCACCCUAUGAAUCACAGUGUCACAGGUUCCACACGAACGGGUUCACCCAGGCAUUGGCUAUGAUCCACGCUGUAGAGUCGGCCAACAGAUUCUCUGUCUUAACUACACUAGGGAUCACUCUGGGGUACCAUAUCCACGACUCCUGCUCUGAUGUCACCACCGCUCUGAGGGCCUCAGCUGACUUCAUACAGCCAACCACGGACUGUAGGAGAGGGGCCAACACCUCUACCUGUCCCCCGCCUAUCAUGGCCGUAAUAGGGGCCUCUUCCUCUGAGAUUUCCAUCGCUGUUGCCCGGCAACUCAACCUGGAGCGCAUUCCUCAGGUUAGCAAUUCACAAUCCACUUCAUCGUCCGCCUCCACCAUCUUUUCGAAUCUAUCAUACCCUGGCCUUGGCUAUGAUGUAACCCUGUGGAAGUCUGUGAGAGGGGUCAUCAACGUCAAUGACAUUAUAGCUGAGUACCAUCCAAUCAACAACAGCUUCAGCUACACCAGUGGACACACCAAAAAUCUAACUGACCUGACGGAUGUGGUGUCUGUGUGCUCAGCUAGCUGUGAACCUGGGAAGUUCAAGAAGACUGCUGAGGGUCAGCACACCUGCUGCUAUGAAUGUAUCAACUGCACUGAGAACAACUACACCAACAACACUGACAUGGACCAGUGUCUGUCUUGUGACACAAAGAGAGAGUGGUCCUUGGAAGGGAGCUUUGGGUGUACCCAUAAAACCCUGGAGUUCUUCUCCUGGCAGGAUGGCUUUGCGGUGGUGCUGCUGGCGCUGGUGGCCCUGGGCAUCAUCCUGGUUCUCCUGGUGGGGGCGCUCUUCCUACACCACCACCAGACCCCCGUGGUGAAGGCUGCCGGGGGGCCUCUCUCCCAGCUCAUCCUGCUCUCCCUAGUGGGAAGUUUUGUUGGCGCUGUGUUCUUCGUAGGUCAUCCCAGCAGCCUCCAGUGUAAGGUGCGUCAGGUGCUGUUUGGCCUCAGUUUCACCCUGUGUGUUUCCUGCAUCCUGGUCAAGUCCCUGAAGAUCCUGCUGGCCUUCCAGCUCAAGCCUGACCUGAAGGACAUUCUCCGCCGCCUCUACCAACCCUACGCCAUCAUUUGUCUCUGUGUGGCCCUACAGGUUCUCACCUGCACCCUGUGGCUGGUCCUGCAGAGCCCCCGGGAGAAGGCCACCGUCUUCGCCACCACUGUGCUGGCCGAGUGUGACGAGGGCUCCUACGUUGCGUUUGGUGUGAUGCUGGGCUACAUUGCUGUCUUGGCGCUCGUCUGUUUCGCCUGCGCGUUUAAAGGCCGCAAGCUGCCACAGAAGUUCAACGAUGCCAGGUUCAUCACCUUCAGCAUGCUCAUCUACCUCAUGUCCUGGGUGAUCUUCGUGCCCGUCUAUGUGACCACCUCAGGGAAGUACCUGCCAGCGGUGGAGAUGGUGGUCAUCCUCAUUUUCAACUACGCCGUCCUUAGCUGUCAUUUCUUCCCCAAGUGCUACGUCAUCCUCUUCAAGAAGGAGCACAACACCAAGAAUGCCUUCAUGAAGAACGUGUAUGAGUAUUCCAGAAAGGGCAUUUCUGACUCUAGUGCAGUCUCUGAGACUUCAGUCUCUCAGACAGAAGGGAAGUGCACCAGUCACCCUUACUCCAUCAGUUCACGUUCUUUCUUCAUGUCUCCUCCACCAAUAGAACCCACAGCAUCUCAGAACAGCUGGUCCAUUAGCCAGAACAUUGACACUGCCACCCAGUGCACCGUAGUAGACCAUGGAGUGUUUGUCACAGGUCAGCUGACCCGACCAUACCAUCUGAGGAGAUGCAUGAGCCUAUGA